AUCUCACCCUCCACUCUGACCGCAGACAACACAAAAUGCUCGCCUCAGCAACAGCAGCCCGCACCCUCGCCCGCACCGUCGCCCGCGCCGCGCCGCGCCGCGGACUGCGCACGUCGGCCGUGCUGCGCGAGGAGGCCGCCCAGGCCCAGGCGGGGACCGUCGGCGCCGUGCCGGUCCAGAAGCCUGUCGGGGGGUUCCGCGGCGGCGUUCUCGGUUUCCUCCUCGGCUUCUCCGCAGCCACCUCCCUCGGCGUCUACUACCUCCAGCAGGACACCAAAGUGGCGCAGGGCCUGCUCCUCGCGUCGGUCGACGAGCUCUCGCAGGGCACUGAGCGCAUCACGUCGCACCUCGACAGGCUGCAGACGGUCGAGAAGGACCUCGCGGCGCUGCGUGCGCAGAGCGCGGCGAGCGGCGACGUCGCCAAGGUCCGCGCUGAGAUGAAGAAGGUUUAUGACGGCCUCCACCUCGAGCUCCUCGACCUGCGCGCGCACGUCUGGGGUGUCGAGCAGGACCUGCAGAAGGUCGCUAAGACUGAGGCCAUCAGGAUCUAGACUGGUAGAGAAUGCAUGGUGUGGCAGUGAAAGAAGGAUUGUGUCAUUGUGGU